AUGAAGGUUCAGCUCCUCAUCUCGUUGCUAGUGGCGCUCGGUAGCGUCUCUGCUGCCCCUAUGGAGAAGCGCCAGCGGGGUGCUUCUUCUUCUGGUUCGGCGGCCAAAGCUGCCGCCUCGCCGGCUUCGGUAUCCGCCGCCAACCCUGUUCCGUCUGCUUCAGCCUCUGCGGCUGGCGCGGCCUCUGUUACCCCAAGUGCGGCUCAGGAGCUCCAAACGUCGGAAGGAGCACCCGCUGCGGCCGAGCCUUCAGGCGCCGCCGUCGCGCAGGCAGCUUCCGAUCCGCAAGCCGCUGCGGCGCUUGCGUCGUCGCUCGCCGUCGCUGCUGCUACUGCUACCACCGACGCUGCUGCUGCCGCACCAUCAACCGACCUUACACCCGCAUGGGGCGCCCGCUCGCGCCAGUACAUGUACAUCUGGGCCGGUGCUGUCGGCCGCCAGGUGCCUGACCGCCUCAUCACGUUCGACUUUGACCCGUGGUCUUCCAACUAUGGCCAGAUGAUCUCGCAGACACUCACAGAGACGACUGGCAAUGAGCCACACCACUGUGGCUUGUCAGCCGAUAAGAAGCGCUUGCUGUGCGGUGGUCUACUCUCCCUUCUCAAGGGCCAGAACGAGAUCUUUGUAUUCGACGUAGAGACCGACCCUUCUCAGCCCAAGAUCAUCGCCACGACCAAAUCCAAGCUUGGCUCGGUCCCCGACGAGUUUGUCGCCAUGCCCGACAACACAUUCUUGCUCUCCAAUAUGGGCUCGGCCUCGGGUGGUUCGCCCGGCACCAUCGCCAAGGUCGCCUCUAACGGAACCGUUCUGGCAGAGUACCCAGAGAACCCUCCCAAGGACUUUAACCCGCACGGUGUCCAGGUCCGCCACGACCUUAACCUCAUGGCGACGUGCGACUAUGUGGACCCGGCUUCCACUUUGAACGCGGUCCCGGGCGGCGUUGUCCUCCGCUCGUCAAUCCGCAUCUGGAACCUCAAGGAGAUGAAGAUUGUCAACACCAUCUACACCCCGGCCGGCUCUGGCACCAUGGACUGCAAGAUGUACAACAAGGACCCCCGUGCUCGUGGCUACAUGGGUGGUUCGGGCAACGGAGAGGUGUACCAGUGGGACUCUGCAGCCGGUACCGCCAAAAAGGUCUUCAACGUCAACGACGACGUCAUCUCGUGGUUCUUCAUGAAGCCCUUCUACACCGUUACCGCCCAGUACAUGGCCAUGUCCUCUGACGACCGCUUCCUCUUUGUCCCCUACGUCUCGGCGCCAGGUCGUUGGAACGAGAAGCAGGGUUACUACUCGGGUAUUCUCUCGUACGACGUCUCAGACCCCAACUCUAUCCGCAAGGUCCACAACGAGCGCUUCCCUGCCUACGCAGGCCCACACCUGUGUCACAUUAUGGACAACCGCCUCGUCACCACCGACUACUUCCUCGACGAGGACGACUUUGGCAAGAUUCACAUGGACGGCGACCACGUCGUCCGUGUCUUUACAAUCUCGUCUUCGGGCGUUCUCUACCCUGAGCCCCGUUUCACGGUCGACAUGGACGAGCUCAUUCCUGGCCUCGGCCUCCGUCCCCACGGCAUGGCAAUGAAAUAG